AUGUCCCGGUUCACUACCAUCAGGAGUCUUUACGGCCAGGCUCAGAUCUGCGACGCCAUGCUACAGGAGCUGGUCAACGACGGGGUGCAGAGAACCCUCUCGUUUGCGGAUGUCCAUGACACAUUCCGACGCUUCGUCAAGGAAUCUCGUUUCUUGACGAGCAAGAAAGCAUCGGUGAGAUACCAGGCCAAGCACCCGGCGACCAUGGAUCUAUUCACCUAUCUGUUCAGGCUCAUGCGCGUCAAUCUGAUGGUGCUCCUGGUCAAGACAGCGCCCCGAGUCACCUUUCUGAGGAACGUCUACAAUUCCAUCAACAAGAUGCGCGUGCAUCUGCUCAGAUCCGAUGCUCGGGGCAAAGGGCACGGCAAGCAUCGCCCCCGGAGGCAUGAGGACCCCUCCAUGUUCUCCGUGUUGGAUGCUGACAACAACGACGUGACGUCGAAGUUCAAGGACUUCGUGUCUCGCAUCAUCAAGCAGAUGUUCCCCUGCGUCGACUCCAAGCUGCGCGAUCGGCUCGGGACAAGGCUGGUCGACAGCCGCAUCGCCAUCGGGUAUCACCAGCAUAAACAUGGCAGACGAGCCGGGUCCAGCAUGCGGAAAACUAGUUGUGGAAGAGUGCAACGAUCGCGGGCCAUGCCCGACGUCUUCACGUGGCCCCCCAUGCCGCAAACCAAAGAAGGUGAGCCCAAUUUCCGCUGCCCCUACUGCAUGGUCUACUUCCCAGUCGGGGAGUUCGAUGCGGUCCGGUGGGAGGAUCACGUCCUCCAGGACGUGCGACCCUACCUGUGCCUCUGGGGCUCGUGCUCCAGCGUCUUCGGGAGCAUGAAGGCGUGGAUCAAGCACAUGGGCGACCACCGACGUGCAAGCGCGAGCGAGCAAGCUCAUCCGAUCGAGCAGUGUCCUUUCUGUGGUCUUCGCGAAGGCGAUCACGGCGCUCGGAGACACGGAAAUGAGGGCCUCUUGCGGCAUAUUGCGGGCCACCUCGACGACCUUGCGCUGCUGGCUCUCCCCGGGCCAAUGGAUAAGCUAUUGGAGAUGCACAUUCAAGGGAGAAGGAUCGGCAUCGAGCCGUACGAGCAUGCCAAUGACGCCAGAGGGCGACAGCGCAGCCGCAGCCGCAGCGAGCUACUAGCUGCAAGGACCUCGGCUGUGGGUGAUGCAGGUUCUCGUAGUCCUAGCCCUCUGCUGAUUCGUGAUAGAGAUUCUAUGAUGGUAGAAAUUGACCGCAGCUCGAUUCGUGGAGGAGACCCGGAAGGAGACCCGGAAGAACACCUUGAUGAACAGGAGCGUGCUGCAGAGUAUGAGAGGAACCCUUUCAUAAAUCCGGGAGAAGAGAGCCAGGAAGAUGACGUCCCAGACGAGGAACCCGAAGACUCUCAUGAUCUGCAUCCCGAAGAAGAAGACCAUGCUGCCAACGAUGAAGAGGAACCUCACGAAGAUCAGCCGGAGGAGGAGGUUCAAGACUCCCCUGAAGGGAAUCCCCUAGAAUUGCAGGAAGAGCGCCCCCAUUUCCCGGAGGAAGAUCUGGAUAAUCAUCCUGCUGCAGACCCAGAGGUGGACCAGGAAGAAGAUUCUAAAGACUCUGACGCUGAAGAGCAGGACCGAGCGAGUAGCCCUGAGGAUGAUGAUGAUGAUGAAGAUCCCGAGGCAGAACCUUCAGGAGAGCCUGGGGAUGGUCGUCGGGCAAACCGUACAAGUAAGAUACCCAAGCUUAAAAAGCGCUCUUCGCCUAAGGACGAAACAAGGGAGAGCAAAGGCUCGCGGAUCCCACGAAAGGUGUCUCCGCCCGUACAAAAUACUCUGUACAAAAGUCUUUUUAAUUAG